AUGAACUCAGUCAGGCGCAUAACAGACGAAUUGGAGAAGCCAGACCUUGACGACAGAUCCUACCGAGUCAUUGAGCUUCCUAACAAGCUCGAGGCCCUGCUCGUCCACGAUGCAGAGACCGACAAAGCCAGCGCAAGUCUCAACGUCAACGUUGGAAACUUCUCAGACGAGGAGGACAUGCCGGGUAUGGCUCAUGCCGUGGAGCAUUUGCUCUUCAUGGGAACCGAGAAAUAUCCCAUAGAAAACGAAUACAGUUCCUAUCUCUCGUCGAACUCGGGGCAUUCAAAUGCAUACACAGCCGCUACGCAGACAAACUAUUUCUUCGAGUGUGCGGCGCGCCACGAGUCGAAUGACAAGCUUACCAAUGGCGUAGUGAAUGGGACUGCCCACGACACGGUGAAUGGUACGUCGAGGGGCCCUCUCUACGGAGCGCUGGACCGCUUCGCACAAUUCUUCGUGAAGCCACUCUUUCUAGAAAACACUUUGGACCGAGAAUUGCGAGCAGUGGACUCAGAGAACAAGAAGAACCUACAAAGUGACGGAUGGCGCCUAUCUCAGUUGGCAAAAUCGCUAUCAAACCCCAAGCAUCCGUUCCACCAUUUCUCCACAGGUAAUCUCCAAACCCUGAGAGACGAGCCCGAGAAGAAAGGUGUGAAGAUCCGCGACGAGUUCAUCCGUUUCUAUGAACGACACUACUCCGCAAACAGAAUGAAACUCGUGGUUCUGGGUCGUGAGUCCCUCGAUGAACUAGAAAACUGGGUAGUCGAGCUCUUUUCCGAAGUAAAGAACAAGGACUUGCCGCUGAACCGCUGGGAUGAUAUUGAAGUCCUGAGCAAAGAUCAAUUGUCCACCGAGAUCUACGCAAAACCGGUCAUGGAGUCUCGUUCUUUGGAAAUAAGUUUCCCUUGGCAAGAUGAAGAAGAUAUGUUCGAGACACAACCUGCUCGGUACAUCAGUCAUUUGAUCGGGCACGAAGGUCCUGGCAGCAUAUUGGCCUAUCUCAAGGACAGAGGUCUGGCUCAAACCCUCUCCGCUGGCUACCAUCCUGUUUGCCCAGGAUCCGCUUUCUUCGAGAUCGAUAUCGGGUUGACACCUGACGGGUUGAAGAACUACCACGAGAUUGUCAAGAUUGUUUUUCGGUACAUCGGGAUGAUGAAGGCGACUCCCCCAGUUGCCUGGAUGCAUGAGGAGAUGAAGAACAUGGCGGAAGUGGAUUUCAGGUUUCGCCAGAAGUCUCCUGCAAGUCGGUUUACCAGCGCCAUAAGCUGUGUGCUGCAGAAGCCUGAGUUGCCACGCAACUGGCUGCUUAGCAGCACGAGCAAGUUCAGAAAGUUCGAUGCUCAAGCCAUUGCCCAAGCUAUGCAAUAUCUCCGGGAAGACAACUUCAGGCUCAUGCUAGUAGCUCAGGACUACCCCGGUGACUGGGAUCAGAAAGAAAAGUGGUACGGGACAGAGUACAAAGUCGAGAGAAUACCUACCGAUGUGCUCUCGGACAUCCGAAGGGCCCUGUCCGAUUCGAAAUCAGACAGAAUACCGGAACUCCAUCUACCACACAAGAAUGAAUUCAUUCCUACCAAGUUAGAUGUGGAGAAGCUGGACGUCAAAGUACCUGCAAAGGCGCCAAAGUUGCUUCGAAAUGACGACAAGGUUCGCCUAUGGUGGAAAAAGGACGAUGCCUUCUGGGUGCCGAAGGCAAAUUUGUACAUCAAGGUCCGAAACACCGUUACCUCUGCAAACAUUGCGAACUACGUCAAGACAAACCUUUUCAUCGACCUCGUCAAGGAUGCUCUGUCAAGCUACUCUUAUGAUGCCGAGAUAUCUGGCCUCUCUUACGCUAUCGGACCAAACAUGGUUGGCUUCGACAUUAGCGUGCACGGCUACAACGACAAGAUGGCUGUUCUCUUAGAGAAAAUCUUAACCACAAUCCGGACGAUUGAGAUCCGAACAGAUCGAUUCGAGAUCAUCAAAGAGCGCACCGCCAGGAGAUAUAAGAAUUGGGCAUAUCAGCAGCCGUACUAUCAGAUCGGAGAUUACACCAGAUGGCUGUUGAACGAGCGCUCGUGGAUGAACGACGCAUACGCCAAGGAACUUCCGCACGUCACAGUAGACGACAUCAGAACAUUUGUUCCAGAACUCCUCCAACAGUCGCAUAUUGAAGUGCUCGCACAUGGAAACUUGUACAAAGAAGAAGCCAAGAAAAUUGGCAAUCUGAUUGAGUCAACAUUGAAAUCCCGCGCAUUCCCCUCCUCGGAAUGGUUGUUGCGGAGGAAUGUCAUCCUGCCGGAAGGAAGCAAUUUCGUCUACAAACACGUGUUGGGCGAUCCCGCCAACAUCAACCAUGCGAUCGAGUAUUAUCUGGAUGUCGGCCACGUUAUGGAUCUAGACCUGCGAGCGAAAACACAGCUGUUCAGCCAGAUGACGGAUGAACCGGCUUUCGACCAAUUGAGGACCAAGGAACAGCUCGGAUAUGUCGUAUGGAGUGGGAUACGUCCUGCAGCCGUAACGAUGGGAUACAGGGUACUGAUCCAGAGCGAACGAGAUCCGGACUACCUCGAAACGCGGAUCAAUGCCUUUCUACUUAAGUUCAAAUCGGAUUUGGAGUCGAUGUCGGAUGAAGAAUUUGAAGGCCACAAACGCAGCCUUGUCAACAAACGAUUGGAAAAGCUCAAAAAUCUUGAUUUCGAGACUGGUCGCUUGUGGGCCUACAUCAGCGCGGAAUAUCUCAACUUCUACCAAGUGGAUCGAGAUGUCGCGUCGAUCCGGCAGCUCACCAAGGAUGAUAUGAAGCGCUUCUAUGCACAGUAUAUCGAUCCGGAGUCGCCAAAGCGAAGAAAACUGUCAAUCCAUCUCGAGGCUCAAGCUUCAAGCCCAGUGCCGGAGGUUUCGCCAGCUCAACAAAAGGACCAGUUUGUGGGGCUAAUUGGACAAGUCCUAGGGUCUCUCAGCAUUGAUGUUGACGAAGAAAAAUUGAAAGUUCAAUUCGAAAACGUUGACCCUUCCAGCCUGCCCCAAGUCUCGAAUGCAGUCAAGGAGUACAUUGGGACGUCGACUUCACCAGCAAAGAGCAAUGAAACCCUGGAGCAGAUGAAGCAAGCUAUCCCACAAAUGCAAGUUGCGCUCAAGAUCAAGCCGGUGGAGCCGCCGAAGGAUGUCACGGAGGUGGCUGCUCAAAUCCCAACGCCCGUCAUCAUCAAAGAUGUCGCAAGGUGGAGAGCUGGCCUGGAAGUGACCAAGGGACCUGUCCCUGUUGAAGAUGUGCACAAUUUCGAGGACCUCGAACCCAAGUUGUGA